CACAGUACAGAUAAAGUUAAGCAAUGUCUACUCAUUUCCUGACUAUGGUGUGUGUGUAGGACUUCCUCCAUACAGACCAGAAGUGAGCUGCUGGAGUGACGGACAUUUACGGGAAUCUGUUCAAGUGGCAGCAGGUUUCCAACAUGGACAGGGAUCCACCUCUUACAUUCAAAGAUGGACACUGUCCUCCUCAAACAAAGAUCCAUGAGGAGAGACCAGACUCCCCUGAAACCCGCUGUGCAUCCAGCGAUGAGAGUUAUGAAAGUGACCACUCAAGGGAUCCACCUCUUACAUUCAAAGAUGGACACUGUCCUCCUGAAAUGAAGAUCCAUGAAGAGAGACAAGAGUCCAUUGAAACCAGCUGUGUGUCCAUGAAGAGUGACCAGUCAAGAGAACCUCCUCUUGUAUUCAAAGAUGGAUGCUCUUUUCCUGAAAUGAAAACUGACCAGACGAGGUCUGAGGAUCCCACUGAUGACUCUGCCCGAAUGCACAAAUCUGACCUGGACUCCAUAUUUAUGGUGCUUGAAGAGAACAUUGUCACUUUUGUGAAGAAUGAGCUGAAGAAAUUUAAAAGGGUUCUGACUCCAGAUGACCCAAAAUGUUUGGAGAAAAAGAGGGAGGAUGAGGAUGUGAUCGAUACUGAGGAGGAGGAGGAGCACAGAAGGAGGAGCAGAGAGGCUUUUCUGAAGAUCACACUGAACUUCCUGAGGAGAAUGAAGCAGGAUGUGCUGGCUGACUGUCUGCAGAACAAGUCUCCGGUAGCAUGCCAGCUUAAACUCAAAUCUAACAUGAAGGAGAGGUUUCAGUGUUUGUUUGAGGGGAUUACCAAAGCAGGAAACCCAACACUCCUGAAUGAGGUCUACACAGAGCUCCAUAUCACAGAGGGAGGGACUGGAGAGAUCAAUAAUGAACAUGAGGUCAGACAGAUUGAAACAGCAUCCAGGAAAUCAGCAAGACCCGAAACAACAAUUAAAUGUGACAGAAUCUUCAAACCUGGAAGAGAUUUCCAAAUCAGAACUGUGAUUACAAAGGGAGUGGCUGGCAUUGGGAAAACAGUCUUAACACACAAGUUUGUGCUGGACUGGGCUGAAGACAAAGCCCACCAAAAUAUACAGUUCACAUUUCCGAUCACUUUCCGAGAGCUGAAUUUGCUGAAACAGAAAAAGUACAGUCUGGUACAACUCAUCCAUCACCUCUUUAAUGAAACCAAAGAAGCAGGAAUCUGCAGGUUUGAAGAGUUCCAGGUCGUGUUCAUCUUUGACGGUCUGGAUGAGUGUCGACUUCCUCUGGACUUCCACAACACUGAGAUCCUGACUGAUGUUACAGAGUCCACCUCAGUGGAUGUGCUGCUGACAAACCUCAUCAGGGGGAAACUGCUUCCUUCUGCGCUCCUCUGGAUAACAACACGACCUGCAGCAGCCAAUCAGAUCCCUCCUGAGUGUGUUGACAUGGUGACAGAGAUCAGAGGGUUCACUGACCCACAUAAGGAGGAGUACUUCAGGAAGAGAUUCAGAGAUGAGGAGCAGGCCAGCAGAAUCAUCUCCCACAUCAAGACAACACAAAGCCUCCACACCAUGUGCCAAAUCCCAGUCUUCUGUUGGAUCACUGCUACAGUUCUGGAGGAUGUGAUGAAAACCAGGGAGGGAGGAGAGCUGCCCAAGACCCUGACUGAGAUGUACAUCCACUUCCUGGUGGUUCAAACCAAACGGAGCAAUGUAAAGUAUCAUGGAGGAGCUGAGACAGAUCCACACUGGAAUCCACACAGCAGGGACAUGAUUCUGUCUCUUGGAAAACUGGCUUUUGAGCAGCUUCAGAAAGGCAACCUGAUCUUCUAUGAAUCAGACCUGACAGAGUGUGGCAUUGAUAUCAGAGCAGCCUCAGUUUACUCAGGAGUGUUCACACAGAUCUUUAAAGAAGAGCGAGGGCUGUACCAGGAGAACGUGUUCUGCUUUGUCCAUCUGACCAUUCAAGAAUUCCUGGCUGCUCUUUAUCUUGAUUUGAUGUUCAUCAACUCUGGAAUAAGUCUUCUGGCAGAGGACAAAUCAACCCCCCAGACAUCUCAACUUUUAAGCAACACAUCUAAGCUCUUCUACCAGAGUGCUGUGGACAAGGCUUUACAGAGUCCAAAUGGACACCUCGACCUGUUCCUCCGAUUCCUUCUGGGCCUAUCUCUGGAGAUCAAUCAGAAUCUCCUACGAGGCCUGCGGACACAGACAGGAAGUAACUCUCAAACCAGCCAGGAAACAGCCGAGUAUGUCAAGGAGAAAAUCAGGGAGAAUCCCUCUCCAGAGAAAAGCAUCAACCUGUUCCACUGUCUGAAUGAGCUGAAGGAUCAUUCUCUAGUGGAGGAGAUUCAACACUAUUUGAGUUCUGGAAGACUCCCUGUAGAGGAACCCUCUCCUGCUCAGUGGUCGGCUCUGGUCUUCAUCUUGCUGUCAUCUGAAGAUGACCUGGACGUGUUUGACCUGAAGAAAUAUUCUUCAUCGGAAAAGGCUCUUCUGAGGCUCUUGCCAGUGGUCAAAGCUUCCAAAGAAUCUGUACUGAGUGGCUGUAGCCUGACAGAGAGAAGCUGUGAAGCUCUGGCAACAGUUCUCAGCUCUGAGUCCUCCUGUCUGAGAGAGCUGGACCUGAGAAACAAUGACCUGCAGGAUUCAGGGGUGAAGCUGCUCUCUGUUGGACUGAAGAAUCCAAACUGUAGACUGGAGACUCUCAGGCUUUCGGGCUGUCUGAUCACAGAUGAAGGCUGUGUAUCUCUGGCCUCGGCUCUGAGCUCCAACCCCUCCCAUCUGAGAGAGCUGGACCUGAGCUACAACCAUCCAGGAGACUUGGGAUUGAAACUGCUUUCUGCUGGACUGAGGGAUCCACACUGGGGACUUGAUACUCUUAGGGUUGACCAUGGAGGAGAACAAUGGCUGAAACCAGGCCUGAGGAAAUAUGCCUGUGAACUCACACUGGAUCCAAAUACAGCAAACACAAAUGUUUUCCUCUCUGAAGAAAACCGGAAAGCAGAAACAGUGAGAGAGACGCUGCCAUAUCCCAAUCACCCUGACAGAUUUGACUUUUUAUAUGCAGUAAUGUGUGCUAAUGGUUUGACUGGUCGCUGUUACUGGGAGGUAGAGAGGGAGGGAUGGCUUUCUAUAGGAGUGACUUACAGAGGAAUCAGUAGGAAAGGAGAUGACAAUGACUGCAGGUUAGGAAGGAACGACAAGUCCUGGGCUCUGUUUGUGUCUGUUGAUCUCUUCUCUGCCUGGCACAAUGACAGAUCAAAAACUAUCUGUAUCCCACCAUACACUCUCCCACAGAAAGUAGCAGUGUAUCUGGACUGGCAUGCUGGCACUCUGUCUUUCUUCAGAGUCAUUUCUGACACACUGAUCCACCUCCAUACCUUCCACUGUACCUUCACUGAACCCGUCUACCCUGCAUUUGGCUUUAGGUUUGGAUCCGCAGUCUCUCUGUGUCAGUUGUCAGAGGACGAGUCAGCCUCUGGAAACACAAAAACCUAAAUAAACGAGUAGAGAAACAUAAUAAAUGCAGCUGCUUCUAUAUAGGGUACAAACAUGGAUGCAUAAGGCUAUGGUGCACAAGCCUAGGGGCACAAGGGGGUUCCUCUGUUUGAAGUGAUUAAAAUGUCUAAUUGGGGAGGCAAUCAGACAGAAAAACAAAUAGAUACGACUAAAAAGGGACGCAAAUUGACUAAAAAGAGCAAUAAAAUAACCAGGCAAAACAAUGACAAAGAGAAGGAAACAAUGAUAGAUUGACUCAAAACAACUAAAGAGAUGUAAACAAUCACAAAUUGACUCAAAACAACUCUCACUAUAUCCGGACAGUAAUACAUGAGACAGAUAAUCUGUGAAAAAAUCAAAUGCCUAAUGAUAAAAAUCAAACAACAGGCAUCAUUUUCUUUAAUGAAUCCUGCUAGUUGUUCUUUGUGAUUUAUUUCAGUAAACAGAGUGAGGAAGGGACAGGCUGGGGUUUGUGCUGUUAAUGUGAUAUCACUCUUGUACAGCAGCCAGUGUGCAUGAAGAUUUCAGUGACUAGACUUUAUAUGAAUGCUUUGCUUUAAUGGUCACAAAUUAGUGACUGGAAUGUUUGGCUAACACUUAUCACAACCUUUUUUCUUUAUUAGUAACAGCCUGCAUGGCAACUGUAAUUCAAGUAUGUAACUGAAGAUAUUCUAUAUAUUUUAAAGUAAUUGUAUUCAUUCAAAACCUGUUUCUCUGUGCCAUAGAGCUCCAUUGUUAUUCUAAAACUAUUAAAAACAGGUCAUUGAGCCACA